CCCCUUUGUGCGCCCGCGCUUCCUACAGGAGGCUGGUUCCUGACAGGAGUGUCGGAAGAGUUCCAAGUGCCUGCAAAACCGACGCAACUGUGCAGGAGCGCGCGUUCGGGUCCUCUUGUCCGCGUGUUCGAGACUCCUAAAGAUGUCAGCUCAAGGCCAUACCUGGUCCCGACAGGUGAAGAAAGAAGAUGAAGAAGAGGACCCACUGGACCAGCUGAUCUCCCGCUCUGGCUGUGCUGCUUCCCACUAUGCAGUGCAGGAGUGCAUGGCCCAGCACCAGGACUGGCGACAGUGCCAGCCACAGGUGCAGGCCUUUAGGGACUGCAUGAGUGAACAGCAGGCGAGGCGACGGGAGGAGCUGCAGAGGAAGAAAGAGCAAAGCAGUGCCCACCGCUGAGAGCCCACACCACCUGUCCCCAGAGGAUGGCCCUGCAGAAACCAGCACCCAGAGAGAUCAUGGGAGAAAGAAAUCCUUCCACAGUGGAAGUGUGGGCCGAGAAGUGUAAGACUUGGGGAUAGUAUUUGGGCCUGGGGUUGAGAGCCAGGCAGCCAUGGGUUUGGACAUGACUGCCAUAAAGAGCAGUCAUAUUGUCAUGUUGAGAUCCCACACAUCCUCACCCAUCUUAUGUCACUGAUAUUAAAUAUUGACCAGUA